AUGGCUAAUAUCGAAUGUUUUAUUGGAAUAAAAGGCAAAGUCGUUCAGUCAUGUAACGGAUGUCGAACAUCAAUUGGCAAUGCGAACAAGACUAAAUUAAAGGAAAAACAAAAUGAAGAAGUUAAAAAAUGUCAAACAUUUGCUUAUUCACAGGAUGAACUUAGAGAUCUUUUCUUAGAAUUUUUGGAACCUUUUCAAGAUUUUGAUAGUACUAAGCCAUGUACACAAGUUUUAGAUUUUGAAAUUCCAGUUUUUCUUGAUUCUUUAACUGAUUGUAUUGAAUCAAAUAAUGAGAUUGAAA